CGCGGAAACAGAGCGCCGCUAGCAUCGGCGCAUGCGGCGUUCGUUGCUAUGUAUAACCUUACCAGCUUCUUGUCCAAAACAUCUAGCAAGACGGUGCCAUACCCGAGUCUGUCCAUUCAAACUUUCGUCCUUCUCUACCUGUAUUUUCUCAGGAAUAAUCCAGAGUAACAAUACGCCAUGACCAGCGCUGCUGCUACUAAACUCAGAGAGUUUAAAGACCACAGCUAUGUGGAGGAAUCAGGCAAAAACGUUUACCGAAAAGGACGAGACGUGAACGGCCUGUACCCUUCUCAGUUCGCCCGAGUCCAUCCCGAAAUCGUGGUGCCGGACGACAAUAUAUCUAACGGCACGGCCCUCGACCUGAGUUCCCUGCUGCCUGACGCUGCACUCAUGGCACAAGUCAAGGACACCAAAAAGCCUCCUGUGGAUAUGGGGGAGUCUCCCCCCGCGGCAUACCGGGACCCUGACCCACCCCGCCCCGCCAAGCCGCCGACUCUACACAAGGUCCAGCGGGACGUGUACGGCAUGCCUGUCAUGUGGGAGACCACGUACCACACUGCCUUCAACACGGAGAAACAACUGAAUCGCUUCUGAAACAAGAACUGCCAACAACUGAUCAGCAACGACACCCAGCGGUUUCAGCAUGGAAAGCAUCUAUAACGCAACACGAUUUGAGUCAGUAAACAUCGAAACCAGACAUUGAUGAAUCCUAUGCUGUAAGAUGGUAUAGCUGUGAUAUGAAUAAAUGUAUAACAAAAUGUAAUAAAGAAAAUAUACAAAAUGUAGAGACUUUUAACACAUAUACAUACUUUGUUUACUUUUUACAAAAUGAAGUACGAAAUAUCGAAAUGUGCUAAAGAGUUUUUGAUUAUUAGAUUAUGCAUAACAAUAUCAUACUUUAUAUAUACUAGUAAACUUUUUUGAAGAACUUCUCCAUGUUUCUUUCAUGUGAAUUUUUAUUCACACAAAACACGUAAAUCUAUGUUACAUAGAUAUUGAAUAUUAAAACAACAUCGCCAUAUUCCAUAAGGUUGUGUAUUUUUUUAAUAGAUAAACCGAUAUUC